AUGUCUAUCAAUAUUCGACAGAAUGAACUUGCAAUUCGCUUUCGAAACCUCCAUGUUCCUGGUCAGCCAUUAGUACUGACGAAUGUAUAUGACGCAGCGACGUCCUCGUUCAUUGCAAAUCACCCUGCCACUGCUGCCAUCGCAACUGCGAGCUUCGCUAUCGCCGCCUCUCAAGGCAUCGCAGAUAGCGAGUUAACUCUCUCUCAGAACAUCCAGAGUGUACGCUCGAUUGCGGCUAGUUUAACAGUGGAUGGGCUUCCCAAAUUACCUCUGUCCGUGGAUGUUCAAGAUGGUUACGAUGUCGCGGAGACCAUCAAGGAGGUCAUCAAAUUGGGAGCUGUGGGAUGCAAUAUCGAGGAUUUAAAUAACAGCACCAAUCAAGUGAGGCCUCUUCCAGAAGCUAUAAACCGGAUAGAGCUUGCUCUUCGGACAGCUCGUGAUCUAGGAGUGCCAGAAUUCGUUAUCAACGCACGCACAGACAUUAUUGCGAGCGGUGGGUCGAUUGAAGAUGCGAUAGAGAGAGGCAAGGCUUUCCUGAAAGCCGGUGCCUGCACCGUCUUUGUAUGGGGAGGCCCUGGAGGUAGGGGUGUGUCAAGAGAAGAAAUUGAGAAACUUGUUUCCGCUUUGGAUGGGAAGAUAAACGUCAAACUUGUUCUCAAAGACGGUUAUCUUACAAUUCCAGAAUUAAAGCAGCUUGGUGUUGCCAGGGUUAGCAUGGGCCCGGAGUUGUACAAAGCAGCGAUGCGGGCGUUUGAGCAAACGGCAAACGAGCUGCUGAAUCUCUGA